AUGCUCCAGUCAUCCAACUCUCUGAAGGCAUCUUAUGAAGACUGGCUGCUGACGUACGGCUUGAGCAUCUCUCCUUUUCACAUGCGAUGGCAAACAGCUCUCUUCAACCGCCAGUUCUACAAUUGGGGGAGAUGGAGACCCAGGUUUCUGUACUUAUGGUUCAGCAUAGGAAUGGUGUUUGGUAUAGUUGCCAUGUUUGGCUCUGUUAUUCUUCUCGGAAAGACGCUGAUGCAAACACUGACCCAGAUGCUCACCGAGGCACCGAAAGCCCAGAAUGAUCGUAUGCUGCAAGUUGUGGUGCCUGGUGUAAAUUUGCCUGUCAGCCAGCUGACCUAUUUCUUCUCUGCAAUCCUCGUCAGUGGUGUGAUACAUGAAGUCGGCCAUGGGGUGGCAGCUAUUCGAGAACAAGUACGAUUUAAUGGAUUUGGGAUUUUUAUCUUCAUUGUCUAUCCUGGAGCAUUUGUUGACCUCUUCACAACCCACUUGCAACUGAUAUCUCCAAUCCAGCAAUUAAGGAUAUUUUGUGCAGGAGUGUGGCAUAAUUUUGUUCUUGGUGUUGCAAGUUUCAUGGUUUUGUUUCUGCUGCCAGCCAUUCUUUUCCCUUUCUAUUACACGGGUGUUGGGGCACUUGUUACUGAGGUCGCAGAGGAUUCUCCUGCCAAUGGACCAAGAGGUCUUUUUGUGGGAGACCUUGUCACUAAUCUACAAGACUGCCCAGUUUAUAGUGUGGAAGACUGGAAUUCCUGUCUGGGAGACAUUUCAGAGAAGUCACAGGUUGGCUACUGUGUAAGUGCAGCCACCCUACAGCAAUUAAGCUUUCCAGCCAGAGUCUAUAGAAGACUCGAUGGCACAGUUGAAUGUUGUAGUAACAACAGCCUCACAGACAUUUGCUUUUCCUACAGCAAUAACUUGAACAGCCACCUGUAUGCCUGUCUGCCAGCACGAAAAGUUAUUGAGGCCAGCAGAGUUUGUCAAACCAACAUGGACUGCCAGAAGGACUUUGUUCCAAGCUUUUGUGUGACUCCUUCUUUAGAGAACCAGACAAGGCUAAUCAGGGUAAAACAUCCACCCCAUAUUGACAUGCUGUACGUAGGACACCCCAUGCAUCUUCAGUACACAGUAAGUCUCAGCAGUUUUGUACCACGACAAAACUUUCUAAGCAUCGAUCUGCCUGUGGUGAUAGAGACAUUUUGCAAGUACCUAAUUUCACUGUCAGGAGCACUGGCAGUUAUCAAUGCUGUACCCUGCUUUGCUUUGGAUGGCCAGUGGAUAUUAAAUUCAUUCCUGGAAGCCACUCUGAGCUCCCUGAUUGUAGAAAAACAAAACAGAGAGCUUGUUGGCUUUUUAAUUUUGCUUGCUGGUAGUGCACUUUUGGCUGCCAAUGUUGCACUGGGACUUUGGAUGGUGACAGCACGAUAGAACAUUGGAUACGCUUCCAUCAGUUCUGAAAGUACACAGAAAUAAUGAAUCCAUUGCAUUUUAAAACUUGUUCAGUACUGGGAUUGAAAUAAUUCCCUUAAAAUGACACUGAAAGAACAAUCACUGGUGGCUGCUGUCUUAAUUUAAAACUGUACAACGUUGUGCCUGUGGUCAAGGGAAAUCUAACAGAAAGAAUUAGGAACCUUUUUAUAUACUCUUUAAGCACUGUACUAAUCUUGGAGAAAUUGCAUUGUAAAGUUUCACAGGAAGAAGCCUAAGACUUCAUUAAUUUAGAUCUCAAAAUAAGGGAAUUAUUUGGCCUCAAACGUUCGUAAAGUGGGAGAAAAAACCACUUUGGUUUUAUUUUAUAAUUUGAAUAAUUGUCAGAAAAUCUGUGUGGGCUCUGAUCAUUUCUCAGUCGGCAUAGUCUUGACUAUCUUGUUUUGUUUUUUUUAAUCUGGUAUUCUACCAAACUGGACUCUAAGAAGCCCUAAAGUCUGAUCUGAAAAUGGUGAAAAGCUAAGUAAAUGCUUACCAUGUGUUAAUGAGGAGAGAGAGGCCAUAUGGCUUAGUAUCUUUCCUUUUCAGCUGGCUAAAAUGACUGGAAGCAUGUUGUCCUCAGGAUGUAGAUGAGAAGUGCCAACAUCUGUUAAGAAUGAGGCAUGUGGGAGGAUAACAAAGCCCACAUGUCUGUGUUUCUUACACAUUCAGUUGUAUGUUAUCAUACGCAGCUGAAGAUUUUUUAAAGGCAAUAUUUGUCAGCAAUAGCUACAAGAUAACUGAAAUUUAGUUUCUGAGCGCUGAAGUAUGCUGUGCACAAUUAUUCCUAAGUGAUAAGUAAUGUUUGUGUUGUUUUACUCAGAAAAUAAUACUGUACUAUACCUGUUUACAGUUAAAAGUGAAACCUGUUGUUUUUAUGGCGUCUAUCUUCUGAUGCUAUGCAUGUAAUAUGUACAGUAACUCACUGAUGGUUUUCUGUCUUUCAAAGUGUUGUUUUCCUUUGCUAGGAUUCAUGCUGUUCAAAGAUAGCUAACAAAGAUGUUUAGCUGAAGCUGGUCUUGGAUCAGAAUUGUUUAGAGGAAGAAUAUGAUUGUGAAUUGAACUAUUUAAACAUUUGACUUUGCUUUCUGAAAUGAAUACAGACCAUAUCCUUGUUCUUAAAUGAACAGUGGAAGAACAGUCAGUGUUUUGCUGACUGAAGUAUGUCUCACGUACUUUGAAGCUCUUUAAGUCUGUAAUAUUUUGUACCCAAUAGGAUUAUAUAUUGACUGUCAUGCCCUCCUGUGAUAUAUUGCCUAGUUUAUAUAAAUCAGGUUCAGUCAGAGCCUUGCCUCGAUAUAGACUG